AUGACUGUUGAUUCCAAGUCGGCCUCUGAGAGGUAUCAGAAGAUCUCGCAAUUGGAGCAUAUCUUGAAGAGACCUGAUACAUAUAUUGGUUCCGUAGAGUCUCAGGAGCAACAACAAUGGAUCCAUGAUGAAGAAACCGAUUGUAUGAUUGAAAAGACGGUGAACAUAGUCCCCGGUUUAUAUAAGAUAUUCGAUGAAAUUCUAGUGAACGCUGCCGACAAUAAGGUCAGGGACCCAUCCAUGAAGAAAAUUGAAGUCAACAUUCAACGAGAGAAAAACCUGAUUGAAGUAAAGAAUGAUGGUAAAGGUAUCCCCAUUGAGAUUCAUGAAAAGGAAAAGAUAUACAUCCCAGAGUUGAUUUUUGGUCACUUGCUGACGUCGUCUAACUAUGAUGAUGACGAGAAGAAAGUUACAGGUGGCAGAAACGGUUAUGGUGCUAAAUUGUGUAAUAUUUUCUCCACUGAAUUCACACUGGAGACUGCUGAUUCAAAUACAGGGCAAAAAUACGUACAAAAAUGGGAAAAUAAUAUGGGUGUUUGCCAUCCGCCAAAGAUAACAUCAUACAAGAAAGGUCCUUCCUUUACAAAAGUGUCUUUCAAACCUGACUUGAAAAGAUUUAGUAUGGAAACACUUGAUGAUGAUAUUAUCGGUGUGCUUCGUCGGCGUGUUUAUGACAUUAACGGUUCUGUUCGCGACAUCAGCGUUUAUCUGAAUGGUAAAUCCUUGAAGAUCAGAAACUUCAAAAACUAUGUUGAGCUAUACGUUAAAUCCCUCGAGAAAAAAAGACUUGCACACGGGAAUACAGUCGAUGAUAGCCAAGUUAAAAUGCCUACCAUUCUUUAUGAAAGGGUUAAUAGUUGCUGGGAAAUUGCUUUCUCAGUUUCUGACAUUUCUUUCCAGCAGAUUUCGUUCGUUAAUUCCAUUGCGACUACAGCCGGUGGCACACAUAUCAACUACAUCACUGAUCAGAUAAUAAAGAAAGUUUCAGAAGUGUUGAAGAAGCAGAAAAAAUCGAUCAAACCAUUUCAAAUAAAGAAUCAUAUCUUCCUGUUUGUCAACUGCUUAAUUGAGAAUCCGGCAUUUACUUCUCAGACCAAAGAGCAACUGACAACUAGGGUAAGAGAUUUUGGGUCUCGUUGUGAGAUAUCUGAUGAUUACGUGAAAAAGAUCAUGAAAACCGAUCUGCAAGCUAGAAUUUUAGAGAUAGCCACUGAGAAUGAGAAUAAUGCGUUGAAAAAGUCCGAUGGUUCGCGGAAAAAUCGAAUUACGGAUUACCCAAAAUUGGAAGAUGCCAACAAAGCCGGCACUAAGGAGGGCCAUAAAUGUACUCUCGUGCUGACCGAAGGUGAUUCUGCUUUGUCGCUAGCUGUAGCAGGAUUAUCAGUUGUUGGUAGAGAUUACUAUGGUUGUUACCCACUUCGUGGUAAGAUACUGAACGUUAGGGAGGCCACUGCUGAACAAAUACUAAAGAAUGCAGAGAUUCAGGCCAUUAAAAAGAUUAUGGGUCUUCAACAUCGUAAACGAUAUGAAAAUACCAGCUCUCUGAGGUACGGCCAUUUGAUGAUCAUGACAGAUCAAGAUCAUGAUGGCUCUCACAUCAAAGGGUUGAUUAUCAACUUUUUGGAUAGCUCCUUUCCUGGUUUGUUGGAUAUUCCGGGAUUUCUGCUCGAAUUCAUUACGCCCAUCGUGAAAGUCACAAUUACAAGGCCACGAAGAGAGGUUAUAUCAUUUUACAACAUGCCUGACUACGAGAAAUGGAGGGCAGAAGAAUCGUCAAGGUACACUUGGAAGCAGAAAUAUUAUAAAGGUCUGGGUACUUCAUCCAGUCAAGAGGUUCGAGCAUAUUUUUCUGAUUUGGAUAGACAUCUGAAGAAAUUCCACGCCCUAGAAGGAGGGGACCAAGAGUUGAUUGAGCUUGCCUUCGCUAAGAAGAAAGCUGACGAUCGUAAAGAAUGGCUCAGACAAUACGAGCCUGGAACAGUUCUGGAUCCUAAUUUGACAGAAAUUCCCAUAAGCGAUUUCAUCAACAAAGAAUUCAUUCUUUUCUCUCUCGCAGACAACAUCAGAUCUAUACCGAAUAUUUUAGACGGUUUUAAACCUGGUCAAAGAAAGGUGUUAUACGGAUGUUUCAUGCGCAAGAUGUCUACCGAUAUCAAAGUUGCCCAACUUGCACCGUUCGUUGCGGAAAAAACAUCAUAUCAUCACGGUGAGCAGGCUUUGGCUCAAACUAUCAUUGGUUUAGCACAGAAUUUUGUCGGCUCCAACAAUAUAAACCUACUGAAGCCUAAUGGUGCCUUCGGUACAAGAGCUACUGGUGGUAAAGAUGCAGCAGCUGCUAGAUACUUGUACACAGAGCUGAGCAAGAUUACUAGAAAGAUCUUCCACCCCUCUGAUGAUCCAUUGUAUAAGUACCUACAGGAAGACGAGGCGACGAUUGAGCCUGAGUGGUAUUUGCCUAUCUUACCCAUGAUACUAGUUAACGGAGCGGAAGGUAUUGGGACCGGGUGGAGCACAAACAUUCCACCGUUCAAUCCACUAGACAUUGUAAAAAAUCUGAAACAUCUGAUGAAAAAUGAACCUAUGGAGGAGAUGCACCCAUGGUUUAAAGGAUGGGGUGGUACCUUGGAGAAGAUAGAUUCUCAGCGGUAUCGUAUGUAUGGUAAGAUUGAGCAAACAGGACCCACAACAUUGGAAAUCACCGAACUUCCAGCGAGGACAUGGACAUCCACUAUCAAGGAGUACCUGUUAUUGGGUUUAAGCGGAACAGAGAAAAUGAAACCAUGGAUAAAGGAUAUGGAGGAGCAACACAGCGACACGAUCAGGUUUAUAAUAAAGCUCACUCAGGAAGAGAUGGACAAAACGAGGAAGAUUGGAUUUUUUGAAAGAUUUAAGCUUACAUCUACCAUUAAUCUGAAUAAUAUGGUGGCAUUCACCCCAUCUAGCAAGAUACGGAAAUAUGAGAAUGUGGGUGAGAUCCUGGAGGAGUUUUACUACACGAGGCUUGAGUAUUAUCAAAAACGGAAGGAUUAUAUGACCAGCAGGCUACAAUGGGAAGUUGAAAAACUCUCAUACCAGGUGCGUUUCAUUAAAAUGAUUAUUGAAAAGGAAUUGACGGUAACGAAUAAACCGCACAAACAAAUAGUUGCUGAACUGGAAACAAAUGGCUUCCCUAGAAUAAAUAAGGAAGGUAAACCUUUUUAUGGUAAAACGAAUGAGCAAAUCAAGGAACUUGUUGAUGAGGAGAUAGUAGCAGAAGAGGAGGAAGACGAGGAAGCGGCAAAUGAAGGUGAAAUUGUUAACGGACCUGAAGAAUUGUAUGGCUCCUUCGAGUACCUAUUAGGUAUGAGAAUAUGGUCUCUGACAAAGGAAAGAUAUGAACGUUUACUGAAACAAAAGCAGGAGAAGCAGGUUGAGCUUGAGCUUCUACUUGAACUGUCCGCUCAACAACUAUGGGAAACUGACAUAGAAGAGUUUGCUACCGCUUACGAACAUUUCUUGAAACUUGACGAGGAGUCCCGUAACGGAGAUGUACCCACCGCUAGUAGUAAGGCUAAAGGUAAACGGAAGAGGAAUACGGCCAAGACUGAUGAAGAAUACGACCCAUCAAAGAAAAUAAAGAAAUCUAAAAAGGCUGCGGUUAAAAAGGUGAAAGACGAUCCAGAUUUUGAAAAGAUUCUAAUCGAACCAAUGCUCCUGCAAAAGCCCAAGCGGUCAGCAAAGAUAAAGUCAGAAAGUGAAUCAGCAACACCUCCUCCGGAAAUUGUUAAGCGAGAGAAUGAAACUGACGUCUCAGACACACCAUCAACAAUAUUUGAUACGGUGGCAAAGAAGAAUCCGAAAAGUCAGCAAACAGAAUUCGGUACCUUCUCGAGCAAAUUCAAACAGUUAAGCGACUCAUUCGACAAUGCAAAGAAAGCGACGAACGAGGUCGAGGAGCCCAAGGCCGAGACACCCAAACCGGUAAAACAUACCAAGCCACGUAGCAGGAACGCCAAGGUCGCCCUCUCCUCAGAUGAAGACGACUUCGACCUAUCUGAUUCCGAAGACAUAAUACCCGUUAGAAAAAGAGCACCAAGGUCUACAAGAGCCAAGACUGUCCCCAAGAAAAUAGCUACUGAUGUCAUUAAUCUAUCAGAUGAUAGUUUCCUCGAGGCCGAUGAACAAAGUGUGUCGGACGAAUCAUUCCAUGGCAGUGAUGAUUAA